AUGGCGAUGACGCCCCCACGUGUGCUUUUACUGCUGUGCACCAUGAGACUGUGUUUGGCUGCAUCCUGCGGUGCAGACGGCCAGGCUUGUGACGCUGAGGACCAAGCACUUCUUCAGCACGAGAGCAACCCCAGGUUCAACAUCCUCCAGGUGUCCCAGACAACAGUGCGAAAGGCCAAACGAUGUGCAAACGAGUACUCUACAAAGCUCGCAUCUGCCAACAUUUCCAGCGAGUACAGGCCGUGGAGAUAUCGUAGCUCGAUGCCGGCGAGCAGUCGAAACAUGGUGAUUGGUGCCGGGAUGGGCACGACGGGCACACACAGUGUGGUGGUCGCUUUGGAAGAGCUCGGACUGAAAGGAUACCAUUUCAAGGACGCGCGAGCUUCGGCCAACGAGCACGCCAAAGAGCACGAGCUGCCGGACUACGUCGUCCCGAUUGUCGAGCAGCUGAAGCAAAAUACGACGGCGUGUCGUAGUGCCAUCGAGACCUUCGACUUCAGCACACUUCCUGAAAACGUCGAAUAUGUGAGCGACACUCCCUUCACGGAGCUUUUCCUGGACAUUUACACGCAGUUCCCCACGGCCAAGGUAGUGCUGACAACGAGGCAUCAGAAUACAGCUUGUGAGCAGGGAAAGCUGGACUUCGCGAUUGCCCUUAUCAGGAUUCGCAGCCUGGGGGUCGUAGUGGACUCGCAUCUUCCCAGAACACGUAUUGCCAGACGGCAGUGUCAACAACAGCAGCAGUGGCAGCAGAACCGCC